AUGUCCGGAAUACCUGGAGUUUUUGCAAAAUUUGACAGACAGCCACAACAAAUACAAAAUCAACGUGGUUUUAGCGGUUAUCAAACAUCAAAAGAGAACACAGAUGGACAGUAUGCAGGAGGUUAUGGUCGUCAAUCAUAUUCAAGACAACAACAACCACCUCGAAUGAAUCAAAUGAAUGGAAAUCCAAAUAGUAAUUAUAACAAUAAUAAUACGCGUGGAGGUACGAAUUCAAAUUAUAAUAAUAGAACCUACAAUCAAGAUCCUCCACCACCACAACCACUUCUUCAACAAGGACCACUUAAUCCAACUCAGCAAAUGGGAUAUCCCACAAAUGUUACACAACAAAUAGUAACAAGAAAUCCGGCCAAUCCGUCGCCUUUAUAUGUUGCACCGCGUCGUUCAGAGUCACCAGCAUUAAACGAUGUUAAUAAAAAUCAAUACAAUAACACUGGAAGAUACCCUCGUCAACAAAUGAUGCAGCAACAGCCGUUUUCGUCGUUCGAUUCUGGUAACGUACGACAUGCACAAUCUCCACAAAUGAAUAUGUCGUCUAGUGUUGAAGCACCACCAGAUUUACAAACGACAAAUGUUGUGACUAAUCGGUUUUCAGCAUUGUUAGAAGGCACAAGUCGUCAACCAAGACAAGGUUAUAGUUCGGGUUAUCAAAAUCAAACUCAACGUCAGAGUCCAUCGGGUGGGAUGCAAAAUAAUUAUAGACAACAGUCAGCCUAUCAACAGCAAUCUGCAGAUAGACAACCCGCAGAUAGACGACCACAAUCAUCGAGCAAUGAUGAAAAAACUGAUUGGUCAAAACCAUUGCCAAGAAAUUACAAAGUAGAAGAAGAAUUAUUUGGUAUACAUCCAGCAGGUAUCAAUUUUGAAAUGUAUGACAAUAUCCCCGUUGAAACUUCACAUAUGGAUCAUCAAUCAAUUGAAACGUUUGAAGACUGUCCAUUCGGUGAAAUAUCUAAACUAAAUAUUCAGUUAAGUAAUUAUGGUAAACCAACACCUGUACAAAAAUAUGCUAUACCAACGAUUAUAAAUCGUCGUGAUUUAAUGGCAUGCGCACAAACAGGUUCGGGUAAAACGGCCGCAUUCUUGUUACCAAUCUUGCACUUAAUGUUCGAGGAAGGACCGUCGAAGACUCCAUUGGGUUCCUAUCGUAAUCAGCGUAAACAAUAUCCAUUAUGCUUAAUAUUGGCACCAACAAGAGAAUUAGCAUCACAAAUAUACGAAGAAGCGAGAAAGUUUUCCUAUCGGUCAUUAGUUCGUUCGUGUGUUGUUUACGGUGGUGCUGAUAUUGGUUAUCAGACACGUGAUCUUGAAAAAGGUGCACAUUUAUUAGUGGCAACCCCUGGUCGUUUAAAUGAUUUGAUUCAACGUGGACGAAUUGGUUUAGCUAAUAUUCGUUAUCUGGUAUUAGAUGAAGCAGAUCGUAUGUUGGAUAUGGGUUUUGAACCACAAAUACGUGAAAUUGUUGAAAAGUCAGAUAUGCCGCCAACUGGUCAACGUCUUACACUUAUGUUCUCAGCAACAUUUCCAAAACAAAUACAAGAAUUAGCUCGUGAUUUUUUACAUGACUACGUAUUUUUGGCCAUUGGACGUGUUGGUUCAACAUCACAAAACAUAACACAAAAGAUUGUCUGGGUAGAAGAAGCAGAAAAACGCUCAUUUCUUCUUGAUUUACUUAAUGUUGAUGCAGGACCCGAUUCAUUGACACUUGUUUUUGUUGAAACAAAACGUGGUGCAGAUAUGCUCGAUCAAUUUUUGGAUAGCAACAAUUAUUUUGUUAAUUCUAUACACGGUGAUCGUUCACAGGCACAACGAGAAGAAGCUUUGAAAUCGUUCAAGUUAGGAAAAACACCAAUUUUAGUUGCGACAUCGGUUGCUGCCCGUGGACUUGAUAUACCUCAUGUGAAACAUGUGAUUAAUUUUGAUUUGCCAUCAGAUAUUGAUGAAUAUGUACAUCGUAUUGGGCGUACGGGUCGUGCAGGAAUGGCUGGUCAAGCAACAUCAUUUUAUAAUGAAAAAAAUAAAAAUAUUGCCAUUGAUUUACUUGAUAUUUUAACAGAAUCACAGCAAGAAGUGCCAGACUGGCUUGAUCUUGUGGCAAAAGAAGUGAAAAAAGAAAGCAUCGUUAAAAAAUCAUAUGGUGGAAGACGUUUCAAUAAUGGUGGAUUUGGAGCACGAGAUUGGCGUAAUCCUGCACAAUUACGUAGUACUCGAAAACCGCAAAAUUCAGCUAAUAUUGGAGCCGGUGGAGGUUAUGCACCACAAGCUCAAUGGUCUGAUGGUGCAAUGCAUAACAUACAACCUGCGCUUCAACAAAUACAACCGCAAAUAUGGAAUGAUCCUUCCAACAAUUAUGAUAUGAUGAUGCGAUUUCAACAACAACAACAAAAUCUAGGCAUGGCAGGAAAUGUUGUACGACAAGACCAAAGUUGGUGGGAUAAUACAGCUUAA